UGUGUUUUUGUUGCUCUCUUCCUGUGUCGCAUCAAAUUAAGUGAAAAAAAAACUGUUUACUGCUGAAGUAGAUGACUCAUGCAGCGUGGAAUGGAAAAGAGAACAGACUUUUCUGCAUCUAUGUGACUGACUAAGAAUGGCUGCAACAUCGGAUGAAUUUAAUAGAGCUGUUGAUGUUGAAAUUAGUAACAACACCGAGAAUCAAUUCUUCACCUCACCUGCGGUGUACAUUUACAGUGGUUAUAUAUACAACUUACCAACACCCUUGAUCAACCCUGGGAAGAAAGGAGAUGCUCUGUUUGUUCGGACUUCAGGCACAGCCUGCGGUAGUGUUGGGGUGCUCACCUAUGCUUUUGGUCAUACCCAGUUCUCACUGCUCUUUUCAAACCCCUAUGAUUAUAAUCUAUACUCUACAGUUUUUGCUGUAUACAUCCCAAUUGAGCCUGAGCUGACAGAUGAAAACCUGUAUUACAAGAUGUACUAUGAACUUGAACCUUCAAGUUAUUUUGCUAAAGCAGAAUUGAGUUCAGGAUCUGAACAAAUUUAUGUCAGUGGAGGGAAUGUAGUUAUUUCAGCUACUGUAACAAAAACGGGAAAUUGCUCCAUCACUAUCAGAGAUGUUUAGCUGGCUCAUAAUGACGAAACUUGAUUUUUCAAACAUUUUUCCACUCCAUCAGUAAUGAAGCCAUCACAUACAGAUUUACAAUUCAUUUUUUUGAUAGUAUUAGAUAAUAUCAGCCUUGUAUAUCACUCAGAGCAAUUCAUAAGAAAUGCUAACUAAUGUAAAAGGAAAGCAACAUUUAUAUGGUAUGAAGGGAAUGCUGAUUACUUGGCAAACAGACUCUAAUUGGUAGAUAUAUUGCCAUGGAGAAUGCUCCAUUUAAUGAUGAUUGACAGUUAAAUAUCAAGUCGAGUCUAAAUUUUAAACACAGAUUGGUCAAGGCAUUACCAAUGGACAAAUACAGCAGAGAAUGGCUGUCAUCUACUUUGUUGCAUUGAGACAAAAUCUGCCUUUUUUGUUUAGCAAUAUUCACACCUUUCUGAUAUAUCUCAAAAUAUUGUGGUAAUCAAAUGUACUCAGCUUUGAAAAUGCUUUGCUACCAAAUGUAAUUAUAAAGCCAGUUGAUCUUGAUCCCCCCUCAGAUUUGGAGGUGCCGGUAUUGGACUGGGGGAUGGGGGUGCGGUGCAUGGACAAGGUUAGAAAUUGCACAACACCAGGUUCUAGUCCAGCAGGCU